AUGAAAUCAUUUUUUGCAAUACUAGCGACUUUACUGGUAAUUUAUAUAAAAUGUAACGCCGCAGCAAGAUCUAAAGGCAAUAAAAUGCCGAGUCAACCCAUAAAGUUGUACUACCUGCCGCCGUCACCCCCUUGCCGGUCAGUGAUGAUGACAGCUAAGGUAUUAGGACUCGAGUUGGACCUUGUUCUUACAAACAUCUUAAAGGGAGAACAUAAAACACCUGAAUUUUUGAAGAUGAAUCCGCAACAUACAAUACCGACAAUGGACGACAAUGGUUUUAUAUUAUGGGAAAGUCGUGCAAUCUUGACUUACUUGGUGAAUGCAUAUGGCCGUGAUGAUUCUCUCUACCCAAGGAAUCCUCGUCAAAGAGCGCUUGUUGAUCAACGACUUAAUUUCGAUUUGGGCACUUUAUAUAAAAGAUAUUUGGACUUAUAUGUACCGAUCUUAUUUGGCGGCGGAGAAUACAAUGAAGAAGCAGCUGCAAAAUUAAACGAAGCAUUAGAUUGGCUAAAUACCAUGUUGGAGGGACGAGCUUUCGUGGCGGGUGAAAACUUAACUGUUGCUGAUAUUUCCAUGGUCGUCGUUUUAUCUAAUUUAGAGGCAUUGGAGUUCGACUACAGCGCUCAUGAAAAUGUGGCAAAGUGGUUUGAAAGAACGAAAAAAGAGUUAGAACCCUAUGGCUACGUAGAAAUCGACCAAGCCGGCGCGCGAACACUCGCUUCGUUCGCGAAGAAAGAUAAAAAC